GGCUCCUCUUUCUCUCUCUAAAGCUGAUUUCUGUAAAUUUGUUACACUUCAAUGGCGGAAUCAGCUAAAUAUACGCCUGUUAAUGGAGGAAGUCAUGUGGUCUCGGAUUUCAAGUUUACCAAGCUAUUUUCUUUUAGAACUAAGAGAACUAGGGCUUUCGCUUAUGUAUUUAUUGCUGUUUUUGUUGGAUUUACUGUUUUCUUGGCGUUUAAUCCUUCCUCAAAUCCUUCUUCUCCUUGGUUUUCUAAUAUCUUUACUGGUUCAAGCUUUAGGAUCUCUAGUAGUAGUAGUAGUAGUACAGGUAUUCAAGCCAAUGGUACAUAUAGUUCUUCGUCUGAUUCUGAUGGGUCUAUUGGAUCUUACUUCUCUUCGAUUUAUUCCUACUUUUUCCCUUCCAAUUCUUCACAUUCAACUCAGAAUUCCACGAUUUAUACAUUUAGUUGGAAUACUAGUGUUUCUGGAUCUUCAAGUGCAAAUAAUAAAGCACCGACAGUAAAUAAUGAUCCGCCGGUUGCUCGUAAUCAAACUCCAAGUGAGAGUGUUGGUGCUAAAGUUGAAGCUGUGAAGGCGAAUCAAACAACGAUCACAUCUCUUCCAUCUCAAUCUGCUUCAAAUCAGACAACACGAACACAAUCUUCAGAAACCCUAAAAAAUUCCACGAAAAUCGGAGACAAGUCUAGGUCGGAGACGCCAAAAUCGACUUCGGAAAAUGGUAAAGGAAGUGUGAAUUCCACUUCUUCUUUAGUGAAUAGAGGGGGAAAUAAUGGGACGAAUACGGGGGGGUCACCGAAACAUGAGAUUGCGGAUUUGGCGAAGAACUUAUCGAAUUGUAAUUUGUUUGAUGGGGAUUGGGUGAGAGAUGAAUCCUAUCCACUGUAUAAACCCGGUUCAUGUUCAUUGAUUGAUGAGCAGUUUAAUUGUUUCACGAAUGGUAGGCCUGAUAAAGGAUUUCAGAUGCUUAAAUGGAAGCCUAAAGCUUGCACUUUACCAAGGUUGGAUGGAAGCCAUAUGUUGCAAUUGUUGAGAGGAAAACGAUUGGUUUUUGUGGGCGAUUCGCUAAAUAGAAAUAUGUGGGAAUCAUUGAUUUGUAUCCUACGAAACUCGGUAGAAGAUCAAGCAAAUGUUUAUGAAGCCUCAGGCAGGCACCAUUUUAGAUCUGAACCUUCUUAUUCGUUUAUAUUCAAGGAUUACAAUUGUACAGUGGAAUUCUUUGUGGCUCCAUUCAUAGUUCGAGAAUCUGAAACAAAAGACAAAAAUGGAGCAAAGAAGGAGACCCUUCGGCUUGAUUUGGUCGGUACUUCGGCUGAUCAAUACAAAAGUGCCGAUAUUGUUGUCUUCAACACAGGGCAUUGGUGGACUCAUGAGAAAACCGCCAAAGGGAAAGAUUAUUAUCAAGAAGGGAGCCAUGUCUAUAGUGAGCUUAACGUUUUAGAGGCGUUUCGUAAAGCCAUAACAACAUGGGGAAGAUGGGUUGAUGCCAAUAUUAAUCCUAGCAAAACUUUGGUCUUUUUCCGUGGUUAUUCUGCUUCUCAUUUCAGAGGAGGGCAGUGGAAUUCUGGAGGGCAAUGUGACAACGAAGUCGAGCCUAUAAAGAACACGACCUAUUUGACACCGUAUCCAGACAAGAUGAAAGUUCUGGAGAAGGUUUUAAGAGGGAUGAAAACCCGGGUCUCGUAUCUAAAUAUCACGAGAUUGACAGAUUUUCGAAAGGACGGGCACCCUUCCAUCUACAGGAAGAAGCAUUACACAGAUGAAGAAAGAAGAUCACCAUUGCACUUUCAAGAUUGUAGCCAUUGGUGUCUUCCUGGUGUACCAGAUGCUUGGAAUGAAAUCCUAUAUGCUGAGCUUUUGGCCAAACAACAGCAAAAACAUUAGGUAAAUAGAUGAAAAUAAACACGGUGUGAGUUGACUCGAGUCAAGUCGAGUUGAGUCGACUCGAUACUUUCGGUAGAGUUGAGUUGAAUCGGAUUUACACGUCUCCUAAAUGCGAAUUACCCCUUUUUGUUCCCUUGUGGAGCGUCUGGUACACAAGACAGUAAGACCGGGAUAGGAUAGGACAAAACUUGUUGUUCCAUGUUUGGUGCGGCAGUAAGACCGGGACAGGACAGAAGUGAGUGAGACAAAACCCAGCAAAAUAUGUGGAACAAAAAUCGAGAAGACGAGAUAUGAUUGGUAAAUUACUAAACUGCCCAUGUCGAAGUAAGACUUUAAAACUUUGCACAAAUUCUUUCACUCCUUUAUCGCACUUGGCCGAUCUUGUCCUGUUCCGUCCUGUUUGUUUAAUGUAAAAUGGGGAAUAUAGAAAGAAAUAAACAAAUGAUCCAAGAAGAGUUGUUCGUAUGAUGUUAUUCUAUUAGUUUAUUCUUUAAUUUAUUAAAAGAAGCAGCAUU